GAGGUGACGAGGCGAGGUGACUGCGUGCGCGUUGCGGGCAGGGCGGGUUGGACGUUCCAGUCGCGAUUUUGAGGAGUCUAGUUAUUUAGUUUAAAAAUGUCUUUUGACAGAUCUUCAUUUGGUGGUGGUUCAGGUGGUGAAGAUGCAGAAUUAAAGGAGUUUCUUGCAGUAGAAGGUCAAAAAGCAAAAUUUCAGAACCAAGUCCACAUGUUCACCGACGUAUGCUGGGACCGGUGCGUGGACAAACCGGGCAACAAACUGGACAGCAAGACGGAGACGUGUCUGGUGAACUGCGUGGAGCGGUUCAUCGAUUCCACCCUGGCCAUGACCAACCGCUUCCAGCAGCUCCUCAACAAGCAAGCAGGCCACUGAUGCUUAGCGAAAUUUGUCGGGCUGGCGGGACCAAGAUCAAACACACACAGCACUCCCCCUCCCCCCAACAGACUUGCUGUGGAUUAACUCAGGGAAGCAGCGGCUGCAUGUCAAGGGGUGGAGCCGGCCUUUAAAGGAGGUCAAAUUGGAGGAUGUGUCCCAUGAUUGACUGUCAUUUACAGCAGUGCUACAGUUCAGCAUCGUCAUUUGCGUACAUCCAUCAGUCAUAAAUGAUACACCUUUAAUUUUACAUUUUUACCGAAUCUGCUUACUGAAGUUGAAUUGAUCAUUACUACAGGAGUUUGGGCUGAAAUUUUCCCGAAUCCUCCCAAAUCUACCACUUCACCGUAAACCGGUGGCCCUAUCUUAGCCGUAACUGUGGAUGAGGUAUCAAGCCCCUUUCAAAGUAACAGUGGCUAGGUAGUAUCUUCCUCGAUCCUGCAAAACCCCAUGGUGGAGUUCGGAAGAUCUGGGAUUGUUAGAGUUAAGUUUCUAUUAUUUUAUGAUGGCUGAUCAUAUUUGCAGUGGAAAGUUUGUGUUGGAUUCAUAAAAGACAGGAUUGGAAGACUAGACUCAUGAGUGCAAGCAAUAGAGUACCGAGGUGAAUACGUCAUGCGCACAAUUAGUGUGUAAAAGGCAUGAGCGCGUGAACCAGCACGUGAACCAACACGCGCGUACUCCAUUCGUUUGCACUGCACUUUCUGGUUCACAGUGACGUCACACUUCGGUACUCUAUUAGUUAAUCAUUUGGAAUUAAUCAGAUUUGAAAUUAGCAUUUCUUUCUGGUCCACAUGCAUCUCUGCACUAGACAGGAUCUUGGAUGUUGGCUAAGACAGAAUAUGCUCAGUUUGUUACCCAUUAGUGUAUGGUGAAUUCCAGAAGUAGUUUACUUUAGUCAUAAAAUUCUAAAACUGACGCCUCCAGAUGUACUAUGAAAGACACUAAAUUUAAUUCGUGUCCAUUUCUGCAGAGUUUGACUUUAAUCAUGGAAAUUUCUCACCAUAGUGUGUUUUUAAAAGCAGAAUAAAGUUACACAGGUUGUGGAAAGAGCAAA